UUAAUAUACUUAAAAGGACUGGCUAUUUUUGAAAACGUUGAUUUCGAUUUUCUAGGAAAUACGACAAAAGAGAUACAAUUCAUUCAAGACAGUAGUAUGUGUUAACCGGGAUGUCAACAUUGUGUUCAUUGCGUUAACAGUAGGCGAACGAGCUUACAGUGAACAACUGAGUGGAAGUGGAAGUUUUAGUGUUGACGCUUUCGGCGUUUCUUCGACACACACCUUGCUUCACCGCGUUGGCUCGACCUGCAGUAACUUGUAUGUUUAUCAAAAUGGCAGCCCCCAUAGAAAGAAAGUCGGAACACACUGCAAGUGAACACAGUAGCCAAAAGAGAAAGAAAGAUGGGUCAUAUAUUAAGCAUGGUAGAAAACCAGACAAAAGUGCUGUGAAUGUGAAUGAGAACUCUGCUAUCAUUGCAGCGUUCAGUUACCAGAAGGAGCUGGAUGAAAAACAUGAUAAAUACGAAAGGUUGGUGAAGCUUAGUCGUGACGUGACCAUUGAAAGCAAGCGGGUCAUUUUUUUACUCCACAGGAUAAGUAGUGAAGAUACUUGUGAAGCAAUCCUUAAAGAAGCAGAUGAAAAAAUCUGUCAGAUUGGUAAAAAAUUAAAGGGCAUCGCUGUUGAGCUCGAAGGGGAGGAUCCGUACCGCUUCCUACGUGCUUACACUAAUGGACUACAGGAGUACAUAGAGGCAAUCUCUUUUUACGAAUAUAUACUGAAUAAGCAACUACUAACUAUGAAAACUACAGAAGAGAAACUUACAUUCAAGGUUCCAAUAACAAAGGAAGAAACCAGUGAAAAAGACAAAAAUCAGAAACAAACUGAAGCGGUUGAAACCAGACAAAUCCAGUUACAGCUUCCCCCAGUAGAGUAUGUUUUAGGACUUGCUGACCUAACGGGAGAACUCAUGAGGUACUGUAUAAAUAGUAUUGGCCAUGGAAACAUAAAAAAACCAUUUGAACUAGUGUCCUUCAUGCGAGAGAUAUACGAGGGCUUCUCACUGUGCUCUGCUUCAGCUUCUCGUGAGUUAAAACAGAAGAUGGAAACGAUGAGACGAAGUUUAAGGAAAGUUGAGAAUACAUGUUAUACGCUACAAGUGCGCGGCUCUGAGAUACCAAAACACAUGUUAAUGGAUGCUAUCACUGCAGAGCCCCAAACUGAAGAAGCAGCUCUUUGAUGAUGUCAAGUCAGUUUUUUGAGCCAAAGUAUAAUGUUAAUGUUAAGGGGUGAGGACAACUUAUUGUAGUGCUGUUCCCCAUGUGCAGUGUUGACUACUCAACCUGAAGAUGGCAUCCACUUCAGUGGGGCACACACAUUAUUGUACAAUUGGCUGACAAAUCCAUCUGAACUUUCUUUGAGUGCUAGAUGAUGUGCUACAAUGGCUGAUUGUUGGUGGCAGACUGAGAAAAUUUUCAUUGCGAAAGAUCUGUUUGUUGCUUUACAUUCUCUGUGAAAUUACGUCAACUGUUGACUGUAGUGUGUGCCCCCAGCUUUAUGGUGUGAAGAGAUUUUACACCGGUUUAGCAACUGCACUGCACACCAAACUGGUAAAUAUUCUGUUGUGUUUUUUUUUUUUUAUAUCAUUUUGGAAAAAAUAAAGAAAGAAUACAACAAAA